AUGUCUCACAGGCAGCCUCAGUCACCUAAUCAGACUUUAAUUUCAAUCACAAAUGACACAGAAGCAUCCAGCUCUGCCGUCUCCAAUGAUAUCACAAAUAAAGGCUGGACCGGAGACAACUCUCCAGGAAUAAAAGCACUCUGUGCCAUCUAUAUCACUUAUGCUGUGAUCAUUUCAGUGGGCAUCCUCGGAAAUGCUAUUCUCAUCAAAGUCUUUUUCAAGACCAAAUCCAUGCAAACAGUUCCAAAUAUUUUCAUCACCAGCCUGGCUUUUGGAGAUCUUUUACUUCUGCUGACUUGUGUGCCGGUGGAUGCAACCCACUACCUUGCAGAGGGAUGGCUGUUCGGGAGAAUCGGUUGUAAGGUGCUCUCUUUCAUCCGGCUCACUUCUGUUGGAGUGUCAGUGUUCACGCUAACGAUUCUCAGCGCUGACAGAUACAAAGCAGUUGUGAAGCCCCUCGAGCGACAGCCCUCCAAUGCCAUUCUGAAGACCUGUGCAAAAGCUGGCUGUGUCUGGAUCGUGUCCAUGAUAUUUGCUCUGCCAGAGGCUAUAUUUUCAAAUGUAUACACUUUACAAAAUUCCAACAAAAAUAGGACAUUUGAAUUGUGUGCCUCUUAUCCUGUCUCUGAGAAGCUCUUGCAGGAAAUACAUUCUCUGCUGAGCUUCUUAGUGUUCUACAUUAUUCCACUCUCGAUAAUUUCUGUCUAUUACUCUCUGAUUGCUAAGACUCUUUACAAAAGCACCUUGAACAUACCUACUGAGGAACAAAGCCAUGCCCGCAAGCAGAUCGAAUCCCGGAAAAGAAUUGCCAAAACGGUUUUGGUGCUGGUGGCUCUGUUUGCUGUCUGCUGGUUGCCGAAUCACCUCCUGUAUCUCUACCACUCAUUCACUUCUGAAACCUAUGUAGACCCCUCUGCCAUACAUUUCAUUGUCACCAUUUUCUCUCGGGUACUGGCUUUCAGUAAUUCCUGUGUAAACCCCUUUGCUCUCUACUGGCUGAGCAAAACCUUCCAGGAGCAGUUUAAAGCUCAGCUGUUCUGCUGCAAGGGAGAGCUGCCUGAGCCUCCUCUUGCUGCAACCCCUCUUAACAACCUGGCUGUGAUGGGAAGGGUCCCGGGUGCUGGGAGCACAAUCUCUGAAAUUAGUGUGGCCUUGUUCAGUGAGUGUGCCGUGAAGAAUGAAGAGGACAGAGUCUAGCUUUCCUAUUAAAGUGUUUUUUCCUCCCAGUGUGUGUAUCCAGCUCUAAGCUGUGCCACAGGUGUGUGGUUGGUUUUUUCUUGUUUGUGAACUGUGUUGAAGUCUUAGGAGUUAAGGAUCCAUAUAAGUAACAGAUGAACCAUGGUUUCCUUUGAAGUACAGUGAUGCUAUGGGGCUAA